GAGAUUAUAACUUUAGUAUCACUGAUAGUCUAUAGAUAAGACAUAAAUUCUGUGAUACUAUGUUCAAUACGAAUUUAAUUUAAUUUAAUUGUUUAAUACGUUAUUUAAAAAUUUUGAAUUGUAUACCUAUUGGCUAUUACUCAAAGUUGAGUUUGCAAAUUUUGCGCUAUUCACUUAUGUAAACUAAAGACUUUUACCAUGGUACAAAAAUGUUGCGUUUGCAAAGCGCAACGAUCAAGUGAGAACGAUAUCACAUUACACAGUUUUCCAAAAGACAAAAUAGUUCUUCACAAAUGGAUUUUGAACCUUAAUAAGAACUAUAUCUUUACACCAACUGUACAUACAAGAAUUUGUAAUAAGCAUUUUGAUGAAAAUGAUUUCAUUAAUACCGACAAACUAAGACGUCUAAAACCAGAUGCUAUACCAACCAAAAUUAUGGGUGUUCGUCGUUCGUUGUUGUCAGAUUUCCAAAGUUCUUCAAGUGAAUAUGUGUGUGAUCCAUCUACCUCAAAUGAGCAAUUAUUAGAUAUGCCAAAUGAUAUCUGUGAGACUGUUUUAGUUCAGACAACGAUUAAAAAUACAGAAAUUCUAGAUGUCCAUAGUUCUUCACGUGAAUAUUUAUGUGAUUCAUCUAACUCAAAUGAGAAAUCAUCAGAUAUGUCAAAUAAUAUCCAUGAUAAUAAUGCAGGCAAAAAUAUAACUGAUACCAAAAAACGUAAGUAUUAUCGUUAUAUUGGAGAUUUCUCGGAAGACGACUUGGAAACCCCAAGGAGAAGGAAACUGUUUUGGAAGACACAUACUAAAUUGCUGGAUGAAACAAAACAGAAAAUCAGAUGUCUUGAACAAAAAAAUCGAAGAUUGGAGUCAAAAAUCACUUGUUUAAAUUCAUUAGUAGAUGAACUUAAACAAAAAUAUCAAUUAAAUGCUAGUUAUUCUGAUAUUUUAAGGAAACCAUUGCACUGAUAGUACUACUACUACGACUGUGUUAUAUACAUAAUAUAAACAGUUUUUUCCUGUAAGUGUUUUUUACUGACAUAUGUCUGCUUGAGGCUUGCUUAGUAUAGCUUUUUUAAGAACUAAAAUUAAUUAUUUAUCACUUCCACACUAGUUAUUGAGCUAUAAUAUUAAUUAUGCAUAACAUUUUUAAGUAUAUACAUUUUAAAAUAUCUAUGCAUUGUUAUGCAUGUUAUUAUGCUUCCAUGAUAAUUAUUGAGCUAUAAUAUUUACUUUGCA